UAGGCGGGGGGACCUGCCUACAGACAAAACUUGAGAUGCACCUCUAUCUACCCUCGAACCAGCAGUAACCUUUUGCAUAUAAAAGGAGAAGAUUUUAUCGUCUUCCCCAACUACCACCAAAACCCAAAGUUCUGAACAACGAACAGCUCGACACCUCUCUGCUUUCAUCGCUUAGUGGCGGACUUUCCGACGCGCAACCUUCCUUUUUAUUUCUAACCCGCCAAAACGCCUUACUUUUUCUCCAUUUUUCCCUCCUCCCAAACACUACCCAAAUUUCCUUCUCUCUGUUUGGUAAGGAAAAAAAGAAAAAGCAUACGACAGUCAUGGCCUUAGCCACCCGAAACAAUCUCCUUCAAAAGCCAUUCCUCUCGAACCCUCAGCCUUUUGCUCCUCCAACUGCGGCAAGGCCUUCGUUGAGGUUCCGACCGGGGAAGGUGCAAUGCUCGGUGGCGACGGCGCCUUCUUCGGUAAGAACUGCGGGAGAGUGCAAGGUGAAGGGGAUAAAGGCGAGGCAGAUCGUGGAUAGCAGAGGGAAUCCGACGGUGGAGGUUGAUCUGAUAACCGAUGGAGUCUACCGAUCGGCUGUUCCGAGUGGGGCUUCCACUGGGAUCUACGAGGCGCUUGAGCUCAGGGAUGGGGAUAAAAAUGUGUUUGGGGGUAAAGGUGUGUCGCAGGCCGUCAAGAACAUCAAUCAAGUUCUGGGUCCUAAGCUUAUUGGAGUUGAUGUAAGGAAUCAAGCUGAUAUAGAUGCGAUUAUGUUGGAAAUUGAUGGAACACCAAACAAAUCAAAACUUGGUGCCAAUGCAAUAUUGGGAGUAUCCUUGAGUGUGUGCAGAGCAGGUGCAGGAGCAAAAGGAGUGCCUUUGUACAAGCAUAUCCAAGAAUUGUCUGGUACAAAGGAGCUAGUUAUGCCGGUUCCAGCACUCAAUGUGAUAAAUGGAGGCAGUCAUGCUGGAAAUAAUCUGGCCAUGCAGGAAUUUAUGAUACUACCAGUUGGCGCAGCCUCAUUUGCGGAGGCACUGCGAAUGGGAAGUGAAGUGUAUCACAUACUGAAGGGAAUCAUCAAGGCAAAAUAUGGUCAGGAUGCUUGCAAUGUAGGGGAUGAAGGAGGAUUUGCUCCUAAUGUUCAGGAUAACAGGGAGGGACUGGUUUUGCUUAUGGAUGCAAUUGAAAAGGCUGGUUACACCGGAAAGAUCAAAAUAGGAAUGGAUGUUGCUGCUUCAGAGUUUUUCACUAAGGAUGGGAAAUAUGAUCUGAACUUUAAAAAACAACCAAAUGAUAGAGCUCACAUUCUUUCAGCUCAGAGCCUCGGUGAACUUUACAAAGAUUUUGUCAAAGAAUUUCCAAUUGUCUCUAUUGAAGAUCCCUUUGACCAAGAUGACUGGAGCUCAUGGGCUUCAUUGCAAUCUUCGGUGGAUAUCCAACUUGUAGGAGAUGAUUUAUUGGUGACAAAUCCAAAAAGAAUAGCUGAAGCCAUUGAGAAAAAGGCAUGCAAUGGCUUGCUUCUAAAGGUUAACCAGAUUGGCUCAGUAACUGAAUCCAUACAAGCAGCUCUCGACUCGAAAGCUGCAGGCUGGGGUGUCAUGGUCAGCCACAGGAGUGGUGAAACUGAGGAUAACUUUAUUGCUGAUCUUUCAGUUGGUUUGGCUAGUGGACAGAUCAAGACUGGAGCUCCUUGCCGAAGUGAGCGAUUGGCCAAGUAUAACCAGCUCCUGCGCAUUGAAGAGGAGCUCAGAGAUGUACGUUUUGCUGGUGAAGCUUUCAGAUCACCAUAGAGAAAAGAGGGAAAGCUCAACUGUCUUUACCGAACUAACCAACCAUAAGAAAACACAAGGACUGAGUUACAGGUCAAAAAGUUUUUUCUUUCUUUUUUUUUUUUCCCCCAAUGCAGAGUGAUUGAGCUUCUCGGAGAGGAGUGCGACCUAGUCGAUUAUGUUGUAGAACCAUGAGGUCAAAGAAAUGUUGUCUUUGAAUAAGCAUGUUUUGCUGUAGAAAGUAUAAGUUGGAAGGUAUGAAUUUGCAUUGUCUUUGAAUUGUUGUCUUUGAAUAAGAAUGUUGAGCAAAACCUAUUGACUAUUAA